UUGGAUCUUUGUUAUUCCAUGUCACUAUGGCGCUUAGCAAAACGUUUGGACAAAAACCGGUAAAGUUUCAGCUCGAGGAGGAUGGAGAGUUUUACAUGAUUGGCUCAGAGGUGGGGAACUACCUGCGCAUGUUCAGAGGCUCCCUGUAUAAACGAUAUCCGUCGUUAUGGAGAAAACUGGCAACAGUGGAAGAACGGAAGAAAAUCGUGGAGUCGUCACACGAUCACGGCUACACUCAGCUGGCCACCAGCGUGACGCUCCUUAAGGCCUCGGAGGUUGAGGAGAUCCUUGAAGGGAACGAUGAGAAGUAUAAAGCUGUGUCUAUCAGCACAGAGCCCCCCGCCUACCUCAGGGAACAGAAGGCAAAGAGGAACAGUCAGUGGGUUCCCACGCUGCCCAACAGUUCCCACCACCUGGACGCCGUGCCGUGCUCCACCACCAUCAACCGCAGCCGGCUGGGCCGAGACAAGAAGAGGACCUUCCCCCUGUGCUUCGAUGACCACGAUCCCGCGGUGAUCCAUGAAAACGCCACUCAGCCGGAGGUUCUGGUCCCGAUCCGUCUGGACAUGGAGAUCGAGGGCCAGAAGCUCAGAGACGCUUUCACCUGGAACAUGAACGAGAAGCUCAUGACGCCUGAGAUGUUUGCCGAGAUCCUGUGUGACGACCUGGACCUGAACCCGCUGGCGUUCGUCCCCGCCAUCGCCUCAGCCAUCCGACAGCAGAUCGAGUCUUACCCCACAGACAGCCUCCUGGAGGACCAGACGGACCAGAGGGUGAUCAUCAAGCUGAACAUCCACGUGGGGAACAUCUCGCUGGUGGACCAGUUUGAGUGGGACAUGUCGGAGAGGGAAAACUCUCCGGAGAAGUUCGCCCUGAAGCUCUGCUCUGAGCUGGGCCUGGGCGGAGAGUUCGUCACCACCAUCGCCUACAGCAUCCGGGGUCAGCUGAGCUGGCACCAGAGGACGUACGCCUUCAGCGAGAACCCGCUCCCGACGGUGGAGAUCGCCAUCAGAAACACGGGCGACGCCGACCAGUGGUGCCCCCUGCUGGAGACGCUGACCGACGCAGAGAUGGAGAAGAAGAUCAGAGACCAGGACAGAAACACGAGACGAAUGCGGCGUCUGGCGAACACGGCGCCGGCGUGGUAGACGGCGACUCAGCGGCGACCCCUGCAGAGACGCUGAGAUCAUGGCCUCCAUGGCGUCUCCGGAUGUGUCCUCUGCUCGGCUGGACUGUGUCUGCAGCUCGCUGUUUUAUUUUUAAUUUUAAUCUGUUUGUUGACGACCCAUUAGCCCCCCCAUGUUUCCCCACCGACC